AUGUAUUUCGAAACAAUCAACAAGCAAUGGGGGGAGGAUCACCGCCUCAAGGGGUCCUCCAUGCAGGAUGAGCCGGCAUUCUAUCGGAACCUCGAGCAGGCCCUAGAUGUCCGUCGCCAGUCCCAAUACUUCCUCAACCUCAAGCCCCAAUGGGGCAAAGAGGUCGUUGACUUGACGACGUCGGACUUCCUCGCCGUCAAUCACUCUGGAAAGGUGCGUCAGCGUUUUUUGGAUGAGCUAGAGCAGCACCCAGACUUUCGUCUGGGCGCCAAUGGCUCCCGCUUGCAGUACGGCAACACGCCAUACAUCAACCAGGUCGAGAAGGAAAUUGCCGACUUCCAUGGCGCUGAGACGGCCUUUAUUGUGGCCUCUGCCUAUGCCGCGAAUCUGGGCGUCCUUUCCAGCGUGCCGCUCGCCGGGGACGCGCUUGUGUACGAUGAGCUCGUGCAUGCAAGCAGUUUCGAGGGUUUCAAACUUAGCAUGGCGAUGCAUAGGCUCCCGUUCCCCCACAAUGACCCAGACGGCCUCCGUGAGGUCUUGGUGCGCCUCAAGAAAGACCAUCCGGAGUUUGUGGCCGGCACAAGCUCCAUCCUGAUCUGCGUCGAGUCCAUUUACAGUAUGGAAGGCGACGUCUGCGAACUCCGUGAGCUGGUCCAAGUGGCCAAGGAAGAGUUUCCUCUGGGAAAUGCACAAUUCGUCAUGGACGAGGCUCACAGUAUCGGGGUGGUCGGUGACAAGGGGCGUGGGCUGGUGUCAUACCUGGGCAUGGAAGAUGACAUCGCGAUUCGAGUCCAUUCUGUGAGCAAGGCGUUGGGGUCGACCGGCGGAGUCAUCAUGUGCAAGAAGACUGUCCGGUCCAUGAUGCUGAAUAAUGCACGGUCUCUCACAUUUACGUGUGCACCGUCAUUUCCUACUGUUUGCUCCGUUCGGGCUAGCUACCAACUAUUGAUCAGCGGAGCAUUGCAAGAGGCCCAGGAGAAACUACAAAGCAACAUCAAGCGGUUCCUUACGGCUUUGACCGAGAACCCUGUAUGGGACGAGGCAGUUGAUGAGGGUAUUCUCUCGAUACCCACUCUCGAAGACUGGGAACGGCGUCCGUUUCAGACGCAAAUCGUCCCCUUGUUCACGCGCGAACGCCACGAGACAUACCUCUUCUUCCACCUACUUAUGAGAAACUUCAACGCCUACCCCUAUCAAUCCCCCGUCGUUCCGAAAGGCAAGAGCCGGGUGAGAAUAGUCUUGCAUGCCUACAAUACUGAUGAACAGAUUGAUGAACUGGCUUCAACAAUCUGCGAUUGGGCGAGUGAAGUCCUAGAUAUUGACAGUGGCAAGGUAGAGGCCGGCUUGCCCACGGCUGCUCGGCAAGCGUAUGCAAUGCAGAGAGCCCUCCAGUCCUAG